AUGACCUACCUUGAGACCUCCCAGGCCUACCUGGAGCAAUCGGCCCAGCUUCUAGAGGCAUACCCUGAGACGAACGCCCCGCACAAGUCCUCAAACGCACAAAAUCACAAGCCAAAUCCAACAAGCCCGCCUCAGCCUCCACAGAACCCCCCCGCCGCACCCAUCGCCUCCCUUACGCUGAAAACCUACAACCCCGAAUCCGGAAUCACCAUUCAAUACCGCACGAACAAGCUUCAAGAAGUCGGGCGCUUGAUGACAGGUCUGGGAAAGCUGGCUGCGGGCGCGGACGUUGCUAGCCUUGGACUUUCAGCGCCGGCCGGGGCUGAUAUUGAGAUGACGGAUGCGCCGGAGGAGGGGGCUAGUUCUGCGCCUGUGCCGGCGGCUACGAAGGGUCAGGCGCAAGGUGGGAAGGGGAAGAAGAAGAAGGGUGGUAAGAAGUGA